AUGAAUAAACAAAAUCAAUAUGAUAAAAAACGUAAAUUUCUACAACAAAAAACUGAUGAUAAUGAUGAUGAACAAAUUGAAAAAACAUUAAAUUUUUUUGAUUCAAUGCUUAAUGAAUAUCUAUAUGAUCAAAAUAUAACAGAUGAAAAUAAAAUUGAAAAAUCUUAUUCACAAAUAAAAUCUACAAAUAAUAUUGGUAAUCGACAAAAUUCUCAUGGUGUUAAAUCUGCUCAAACAACAACUUAUCAAGAUCCAGCUCAUACUCAAGCUUAUUAUUCUAAUCAAUUUGAAAAUAUUCAUCCUCAUCAUUUUGAACAAAUAACAUCAAAUGACUAUAUAAAUAAUGUUCGUCGUCAUACAUCAGAAACUAAUCUUAAUCAAAUAAAUUCAUUAAUAAAACCGAUAACAAGAGAAAAAAUUUCUCGUCAACAAAUUCUUCAAACAACAGCAACAUCAACAGAUGAUUUAUUAAUAAAAUCAUCAUCAAAAAAUGUUCCACGUCAUGAACGUCUAUCUGUUUUAAUUGAUAAAACAAAUUAUUUAACAGCAAAUAAUACAAGUGCUAGUUUAAUUGAUUUAACAUCUAUUGAUAAAUCAUCAUCACGGCCACGUUUUCGUUUUGUUCCACCAUCAAAUCAAAAUCUUACAUUUAAAGAUGAACAUAAUAUUGAACAACAAACAAAUCAAAAUUAUGAUCAAUAUCAUCUUAAAACAAUACCACAAGAACAAAUAUUAUUUAAUAAUCAAAAUAAAUCUUCACAUAAAAUUGUUAAACCAAUUGUAAUAAUUCCAUCAAUACCAAAAUCUGCACCUAUUAAUCAUUUAACAGAAACUAAUAUUCAUCAUGAACAUGGUAAAAGUGCAUUUAAACUGCAUCGAUCAAAUAAAAAUGAUAUAAUAUCAAAAAUUCAAUCAACAUCACCAAUAUUAAAUAAAAAACGAAUUGAAUCAAUACAUCAAUCAAAUUUACAUGUUGGAAUAACAAAUCCAAAUAAUCAAAUAUCUGAUAUUAAUUUAUCAAAUCGUCAAAAACAAUCUACAUCAAAUAAUCAUCAUCUUUCUUCAAAAAAUAUACCAGAAAAAGUUAAUAGAACUAUAUUGACAUCAGAUCAAUCAACAUCAUCAGAUUUUAUUAAAACACAGUCAAAUAAAUUAAAUGGACAUCAUCAUCAUCCAUAUCAACUUCCAAGUAGUUUUGAAAAUUCAAUUUCAAAAUGGAUUCAACAAGUUCAUAAUAAUAGUAGUAUUAAUGGUUUAGUACAUUCAUCAUAUAAUCAACCAUUUAUUAAUGGAGGAGAAAAUCGAUCUCAACAACAAGUUUAUCCUUAUGGUUCUUAUAUGUCAACACAUUCUGGUAUUUCACAACCAAUGAAUGGUUUCGAUCAUGUUCAUCAUCAACAUACAUAUCCAAAUUCAGUAAACGUACAUAAAUAUAUUUCUCCACAACAUUCAGUUCCUAUUCAAUCGACUCAUCUUCCUUCAUCAUCUGUACCAAGAAAUGGUAUUUUCUCACCACCAUCAUCUAAUGUAUAUAAUUUCAAUCAAAGUAAUGUUUCCAGAGAAGGACAAUCAAAACGUAAUUCACAUCGUCAAAAUGUUAUUGGUACAAGUUAUCUUUAA